AAUGCCAUUAAAUAAAAUAAUUUUUAAUUAAAUAUAGUUAAUCCUUUAUUAUGGAUUUUAGGGGAAAUAUAAAUCAUGAAUAAGAGUAAAUAUAACAACUGCUACCCAUAUAAAGAGUUUAUGAAUGGUUUAUAAUCUGGUUAUUAAUUAGGUUGUAACACCUUGUAAAUUAUUAAUAGACAAUUUUAAACAAGUUAUAACAGUUUUCUUUUUAUUAAUUAGUUACUACCAUUUACAAGUGGCAAAAUGGAACCUUAAAGGCUAAUGUAAUAUGAUCGAGUUGGGAUUUGGAAAAGACAUUAACAUUAAGAUGUCUUACUAGUGAUUCGUUAUCCACAAGGAAUUGAUCUCUGUUAUUACUGUCUUUUCAUAUCUUAAUAAUUUGUUUAAAUAAUGUGUUUACGAUGCUUUAUUUUAUGUAUGGAUUUAAAAUAAAAACCUGCCUUGUGCCCUGUGCUUCCUGGAAUAAGCAUUAGGAUCCUUGUCACCCAAUAACGGACAAGCUUUGGAAGAUGGAUGGAUCAAUCGAUCAAUCAAUGGAUGUAGACUUGACAAAAUUUACAUAUGGCUGAUAUGGUGAAAGUAAACUUGAUAGCAAGAUUUCAAUUCUAAUAUUACAAAUAAUACCAUUAAAAACAUCAUUUAAAAUUAAAUAUAGUUAAUCCUUUAUUAUGGAUUUUAGGGAAAAAUAUAAAUCAUGAAUAAGAGUAAAUAUAACAACUGCACUGUAUGGGAAAAAAAAUAUGAUUCAUUAUAAAUAAUGUACAAUAAUAUAUAAUAAUAAUAACAUUCUUUAACCUAUGGUGGUGUAAUGGUUAGCACUAUUGCGUGUCACAUCUCUAGGACCGGGGAUCUACGCGUGUCUAGUUUGCAUGUUCUCCCCAUGGCAUUGUGGGAUUUCUUCUGGCUUCCCUAGUUUCCCCACACAGUCCAAAAACAUGCCAAGAUGAAUUCGAUUUGCCAAAUUGCGCGUAGGUGUGAAUUGUGUGUGUGUGUGUGUGUGUGUGUGUGCGCGCCCUGCGAUGGGUUGGCGCCCCGUCCUGGGUUGUUCCCUGCCUAGCGCCUGAAACUUUCAGGAUAGGCUCCGGACCCACCGCGACCCUGCAUCGAGCAAGCGGGUAUAGAGAGUGGAUGGACAUUCUUUAACCAUAUUGUUUGAAAUAACUACUCUGUAGUGAUGCAGUAACUUGAGAAUUUCACUUGGUGGCUCCGUAAUAUUUAUACAUCUAGAAUUAACGUUCAGCUCAGUAUGUUCAAUAUCAAGAAUGACGUAUUUUAUAGAUAACAGCCUAAUAUUAAUACUUUGGGUUUUUUUAACAUCAAUAUUAAUUAGCAGGGUCUUAAUCGUAAAUGGCCCUACGUUUGUUACAUACUUAUUUAUUGUAGGGGAUUUUCUUUUUGAAUGUAUUUUGACCAUAUGGUCAGCUUUCUGGAUGUUCUACUCUUAAUUAUAAAACCCGAUACUUUCUCUUCUUGUUCUGUUUUCAUACUUUGUCAUCUUGUAUAAGUCCUGUUUGGAUGUGCUUAAUUUAGAACCUGUGGCACGGAGCUGAAUGCAAAAACAUUCUCCUGAUCGGAAGAGAGAAACUCCCCUCUUUCAGGGCUGCGCACCCCCUCGCCAGGCUGCUUGCGAUCAUUGUUUCGCUCCAGCAUUAACUGCAUUCCAAAGGGACGCAGCGCGCCCCGUCUCCCUCCUCACAUUCCUUCCCCAGAAAUGAGUCCCGAGCUCCCCGCUCCUUCAGCACGGCUCCAUUUCGCAGGAGCGAUACGGUGGCGCGCCAGGACUGUUACCGUCAGCGCUCGGAUGCUUUGUUUUUUACACCCUUUGGACUUUUAUGCAUGAACUACCUAAAGGAAACUUAGGGGGAAAAGCCUUACAAUGUAAAUUCCUCCGCGCAGCGCGCCAUUGAUUGUAAAGACCUUUCAACUUAUCAAAGGCUGAAAUUGACAAACGUCUUUUUCAGUGGAAACAGUUAUACGUGAAACAUUUUUUUGUUUUCGUUCUCGAAAGUAAAUAGCGCAGUAUGUCAGAACUGCGGCAGUGGGUGUACAACGAUUGCAAUUGCAACUAAUAGUUCAGUUUGUUGUGAUCUCCAUGUGAAGAGCAAUUUCUCCUGUCUGUAGUUGCAACUCGCCAGUUAAACUUACUAGUCAGCCAGUUCCAUCAGUCUUACUCACUGGGAGUGCAAACAUGGAUAAGUAUGAGGAGGAUGCGGGUCUCCAGGCAAGUAAGUUAAUAGAAAACGUCUCUUUGUACGAUUGCUACAAAGAUGGGGUUUACAGAGACAGAAGAGACGCGGUCACUAAUGCGGAUUUUGGGUUUUCUGGUCAGAUGAUUUUCGAUCAGAAAAGUAAGAAGAAUAGGGGCAGUCCCGUGCCUCCUCAGCAGCUCCGCAGCACUGACGAUCCCCCAGCUCCGGGAAACAAAGUUUACAAUGCCAGCGUUGGAAUCUCGGUAAAUGGAAACCGACCAAUGCAUCUGGAUUAUUACAAACCGCAGAAAGAUGCAGUUUGUCCUGAUGAUAGCCAUUGCACAAAAUCCGAUAUUGCCUUGCCCUGCUACAGCGGACCUACUGAGCGUCAGAGGAGGCAUUCUUUGGAGGUCCAGGGGCAUAGGUACAGCACCGGUAGCGUGUACGAUGGAGUUGGUAUAAGCAAGCACGGACCGUUUUCUCCACUUUCUGGCAGCAGAUGUAACAGCGUCUGCGUAUCCAGCAGUCAGGAGUGCAGGUACAAUGCAGCCAGCCCCCGGUCUAGUUUAGCGUCUUCCCUCUCUUACCCGGAGCAGAGCAAGUACUCCAGUCCGAGAUCGAGCAUGAGCAGCCCGCGGGCGAGUCUGGUGGUCGCGGGUCAAGACAAAUACACCAGUCCCAGAACCAGUUUAAUGCAGUACGAGGGGAACUGUACCCUGAGUCCAAGAUCGAGCUAUGCAAGCACCACCAGUGACACCAGUAAACACUCCAGUCCACGGGCAAGUUUGAACAGCUAUGAUUGCAGUAGUAAGCCCAGCAGCAACCGUACCAGUGGAAUAAGUAUGGGAUACGACCAACGACAGAUCAGCCCGAGGUCCAGUACAGCGAGCCAGUAUUCUGCUACCACAAGUCCGAGGUCUAGUUACUCCGACUCCCGGUACAUGCCGACCGUGAAUCAUGAGCACGACGCCGCGGUCGUUCACGGUAUUCCCUUGGUCAGCCCACGGUCCAGUAUCUGCAGCCAGGACUGCAGCGCCAGACCUGCAGGACCUGCCAAUUGCGUGGCCAGCCCACGGUCCAGCAUUUCCAGUCAUAGCUCCAGGAGUUCCCGCAGCUCAAGGGGAUCCAUGAGCGCAUACCCCGAGCUGCAGCACCCCUCGCCAAGGUCAUCGAUGUUGGGUGCGAAUUUACACGAAGACAAGGUGGUUCAAGAUUUUGGGGAUGCCAGUAGGAAUCAUGUCCAGCAGUCCCCCGCUAUCCAAGAAAGCCCCCAGCAACCAGUGCAACCUGGAUUAAACCCGGAAGGCAGCGUGGCGGGACCGGCACCGUUUAAUUAUGAGACCCCGUGCAAAAGUUUGGUCGCUGGACAGAAAUUUAAGUUGCCGUACCAAGUCACACCGUGUCGGGAAAGUGGACCGAGUCAAGCAGAAAGAAGACUGGAAGCCUUAACUCUGGAGCUUCAGAAGGAGCUGGAGAUGCACAUGAAGAAAGAAUAUUUUGGUAUCUGUAUCAAAUGUGGGAAGGGGGUCUAUGGAGCCAGCCAGGCCUGUCAAGCCAUGGGGAACCUCUAUCACACUAACUGUUUCAUCUGCCAGUCCUGUGGGAGACGGUUGAGAGGGAAAGCCUUCUACAAUGUCAACGGGAAAGUCUACUGCGAAGAGGACUUCCUGUAUUCUGGUUUUCAGCAAACAGCAGACAAAUGCUUUGUAUGCGGGCACCUCAUCCUGGAAAUGAUUCUGCAGGCACUGGGCAAGUCCUACCACCCCAGCUGUUUCCGCUGCGUGGUCUGUAACGAGGGUUUGGAUGGAGUGCCUUUCACUGUGGACGUGGAGAACAACAUCUACUGCGUAAAGGACUACCACACGGUUUUUGCCCCAAGAUGUGCCUCUUGCAACAAGCCCAUUCUUCCCGCCCAGGGUUCUGAAGAGACCAUCAGGGUCGUGUCCAUGGACAAGGAUUACCAUGUUGAGUGUUACCACUGCGAGGACUGUAGGCUCCAGCUGAACGACGAGGAGGGCCAGCGCUGCUACCCGCUCCAGGGCCACCUGCUUUGCCACGGCUGCCACCUCCGCAGGCUCAAGGGACAGGCUGCAACUCACCCACCGCCCAGCUUCCCUGUGCACGUCACGGAGCUGUGAAAGGGGGGCACCGCUGUGUACCAUAACAGAACAACCCACGGAGGAAGAUCAGAGGCCGAAGGGAUGCCCAGGGAAAGGCAUGGGGUGCGGUGGCUGUCUCAUUAGAGCAGAUGAGGGGGGUUAUGUUAUCCUGAAAGCACAUCCUGUGCCGCCGUAAUCCUAAAAUGAGACAUUUCGUUUUUAUUCUGAAGAGGCCUGUGGGCUCAGUCGGUGGACCAGGGUAGCACCCAGACCUAACUUGGGUGUGUUAAGGGAGCCAUACCACACAGCAGGCCUUGUGGAAACUCCCCCAGCACAUGGGGUCAGGUCCGGUGGCAUUCCUUACCCCUUUAGUCCGCUCCUGUCUGUCCUCGUCAUAAAUGGAUUACGGCCUGUAACAAGCCAAGGACACCUGCCUGCCGGAGUAAUUGCCCAUUCUCCUUGAAUGCAGCACUUAAAAGAGCCGCUCUCCCGCCCGCCGCCUCCACGGCACACGCCGCCAGAGGACUUGUCGCACCGCCCACGUGUCCGUCUUCUCGCACGCCAUGACAUCGCCCAUACCGCACGGACACACCGCCGACGUGGACGGCCGUAUUCACCCCAGCUGAUUUACGUUUCUCGCAUAAAGUACCCAAUCAGCGUCAAAGAAGUUGAAUGUAUGCAGAGUAUAUGGCUGUUACACGUGUAUACAGAUAUGCUCGUGCUUGCGUGUACGGAUAGCCUAUGGUUACGACCCAUUUGUGUUUGUUGUUUGUGCCGCGCGUUCUGAUGGAGUCAGAGGCCAAAUGAAUCCCUGGCAUGUGAGAGAGAAACUUAACUGUACAGUGCUGGUUUAGCUGUCUGUUAUUAGAGGAAGUGCUGCAUUUCUGUCUUUUUUCGCUGUUAUCGUGAGAUAUCACUGUCCUUUGUCAUUUCUGUUACACAUGAAUGCAGCCUUUUCUUCCUUUUUUUAACAAUUUUGGCCCCUCCAAUGUCUUUCUUUGCUGUUAAUGUGUUUAAGACACUGGUCAAAGAAAACAAAAGCACUGAUAUUUAAUUCCCCCUCACUUUCUCACCAAGUCAAUAGACAGAUUUAUUAUUAAUUUUUAAAUUCUAAAUCUACGCCUUAAAGCAAGGAGCUGCUGAUAUGAUGAAAUCAGCACUGUGCUGUGGACCAUGGUGAGGAAUGUUUUGGAUCCCCCCCGAUCAGCUCCUCCCUCCAGGAAGGUGGCCAAAGGGGGGCGGGGGGGGUCGAGGCUGACUGGGAAUCUUAGUUAUUUAAUUAACUACUAAUUUAAUUUAUUCAUGAUGUCACUCUGUCUGCAUGAUUGCCAAUCUUGGGGCACCGGCUCUGACCCUCCCACUUGCGUUUUGUUGACGGCAAAAUGACAUGAAGGCCACCGGGUCCAAAUAAAUGGGGGCCUCUAUUACUGUAGCUGUCACUCACACAGUGGGGGGUGGGGCUGAUCUUUCUGAUACUACUGAACAUUAGCAUGGCUCUGGUACGGCCACAGGUGUGAGAGAUUUCAGAGUUCAUAGGACUUGGUUUGUGUAUUGCUGUACAUCUCUACCCAACCUGAUGCAUUUAGGGCUUAGUUACAGUCUGUUAGUCUUCUCCCACCAGAACGUCCCUUCUCACCAGUUUUUAAAUCGAAGUAUUGAAAUCAUACAACAAACCAUUUUUACUAAGUCACAUACCAUUGUUUUGCUGCCAUCUCAGUGCUGGUAGUCGAUACAGUGGAUGUUUAUUGACAGAGUAAUAGGGAAUAGCCCAAUGAACCCCUGCUGAAGGAAAUUAAAGAUUAUAAAUAAUAACGAGAGAGCACAGCAUAACUCCCAAGUGUUUCUCCCUCUGAUGUUGCUUUUGUAAUGGAAGACAUUGUGGAUAUUCUCUCUUAACACAUCCUUCACAGUGGAAAAAAAACUCAAUUUUCAGUACACACCAGACACUCUGCCACUAGGUUAGCUGUACAUAAGGUUAGUUUUAUUUCUUGCACAAAGUCCAAAAACAUAGCUGCUGUCUGUCCUGUAAGUAGCUCUCAAAAUAUCAUUCGAUGUGUGAUUUCCUAGAUGUUUUGUGAAAAGAAAAGAGGAAAUGUAGAUUUAUUUAUCUAAAGAUAAAAAGUCUAAAGUUAUUUAAUGAGUUAAAGUCAGACAUGUCUUUUAACCUUAGAUGAUAUAAUCUGCUUUUUUAAUAAAGUGGUUUUGUAGUUAA